AUGGCGACUUUUGAAGACCAAAAGUUGCAACUGCAAAAACAAGCAGAAGAACUGAGUGCAUGGAAAGCGAGGUUGGAAGAAUUUAACAAAAGGAUGAUAGCUGAAGAACAAAGACUGGAAGAAAAGAAUAAGAAAUUAAUGGCUGCACAGACGCUAUUAUCAGCGGGCAGACCGGAACGAGUCGCGACCACGAUAGUAAAAGGUACGAUCGGCAGCAUUUCAGAAUAUUCGCUACACGACGAUUGGACGUCGUCGUGUGAAAGAUUAGAUAUGUACAUACUGGCGAAUGAAGUCAAUGAAGAUAAGAAGGUUUCCCUGUUCUUGACUUUACUGGGGAAGGAUGGAUAUGCACUUCUCAGGAAUUUGACGAUACCAAACUUGCCGUCACAAAUGUCGUUCGCAGAAUUAAAGCGAACAAUGAGGCAACAUUUGCAGCCGGCGCCUGACCCCAUGGCCGAAAGAUACAAAUUCAAAGAGUGUACUCAGAAGGAAGGGGAAGAUAUCAAAAGGUUUCUAGCAAACCUGAAAAGGCUAUCAACAUUCUGCAAGUUCGGCGAGAACUUGGAGAACAGUCUGCGCGACCAAUUCGUAUGGGAAUUGUCCAGCAACACUAUUAAGAAGAAACUGCUCGGGGAGAAGGAUUAAGCUAUCAACGAGCAGUCGAGCUCGCAUUGUCCUUGGAAUUGGCAGGGAAGAAUGCGGCCGAGAUGAAGUCAUCGGGCAGUAGUGCCACAGUGAACUAUGUAGCAAGCAAAGGCAGGACAUCAUCGACGAAUACGAAGAAAGAAGAUCCUAACGUAAGGUUAAACCACAUAACGAUAAACUGUAAAUAUAAACAGUACGGUUGUAACCUUUGCGGUAAAAAGGGCCAUUUAAGGAAUGUUUGUAAGAACAGAACUGAUUCGGCAAAGGCAGGAAAAUCUGGUAAAAAGGAUAACGGUAAGAAAAGUAAUAAGCACCGGGAUAGUAAACGCGAACAACAAAAUUUAGUGGCUGAAGUAGAUAGAAUCACCGAAUGCUUAGAUAACAUGUUUCAUUUAAGUAGGGAAGGGUGCAAUACGUUCACAGUUGCGGGAGAUAAACCAAUAGUCGUCGAGUUAUUGGUUGAGAGGUGUCCGGUAAAAUUUGAAGUAGACACGAGGUCACCUAUCUCCGCGAUUUCAACAGGUUAUAGGAAUAGUUCGGAACUAUUUUCAGCGUUGCCGUUGAGGAGAACGCACAGACGUUUCAAGAUAUAUCAAGGGGACGUCAUAGUACCGGAAGGUAUAUUAGGAUUAACGGUUAGUCACAAAGGUAAAACGCGAUGGUUAGAGUUGUUCGUGAUACCGGGGAAUAGCGCACCUAUCAUAGGGCGACGAUGGUUGUCUGAGCUUGAAAUAUUGCAAGUCGGUAGCCUUAAGUUGAACAAUAUACAGAAGCUGACGCAAUCACCGACUGUAGAGGCCAUUAUUAAAGAAUUUGGUGAAGUUUUCAGCAAUAGAUUAGGGACGUAUAAUAAGGCUAAGUUUGCAUUACAGCUGAAAGAGGGGGCUAAACCCAUUUUUCGUAAGCCAAGACCAGUGCCAUACGCAUUACGUACCAAAAUUGAAAAAGAAUUGGACAGACUCGUAGAAGCAGGAAUACUAGAACAAGUAACUACGAGCGAUUGGGCAACUCCCAUAGUACCGGUACCCAAAGCUAACGGUGAGUUAAGAAUAUGCGGGGAUUUUAAAGAUACCACAAAUAAAGACUUAGUCUGCAACAGGCCCAAUUCCGCGCAUUAUUGAUUUAGCGACUCAGAUGGCGAGAGCAACAAAAUUCACGAAAUUAGAUCUUGCUAGCGCAUAUCAACACGUCGAGUUGGAUGAAGCAUCUAAACAAUUAGUUGUGCUCUCGACACAUAAGGGGUUGUAUAAAUGCAAUCGUCUGAUGUACGGGGUAUCACCGGCUCCAGGCCUUUUCCAAGCGGAAAUGGAGAAAAUUUUAUCCGGCAUUAAGGAAGCUGUCGUGUAUUUUGACGACGUAUUCAUUUUUGGAGAGGAUCAAGUAGAACAUGAUCGUAAUUUACGUAUGGUGCUGAGUCGAUUUAAAGAAUGUGGCUUGACAGUCAAAUUGGAAAAAUGCCGAUUUGAUCAAAAACAAGUGCCAUUUUUAGGAUACAAAAUUGAUGGCGAAGGUUUACACGUAUCUAAAGAUAAGGUCGAUGCGGUUGUAAAGAUGAAACGACCCGAGAACGAGGCAGAUCUAAGGUCGUUCUUAGGCCUUUUAAAUUAUUACUCGAGGUUCAUAAGGAACUAUGCGAAAAUAGUGAGCCCGUUAUAUGACCUACUUAAACGGAACGUACGUUGGCAGUGGACAGCGGCUCAGGAAGAUG